AUGGAGGUCACGGAAGAAAGCACCAUAGAGACUUCACAUUUGACCCAAGGCACUUCAAUCAUGUUGACUAGUAACACUGGUACAAAUAAAGUUUUUGUCUCAAGAGAGGGCAAGAGGAAGAAGAGAUCGCACUUGCCAGCUGAGGCUGUGAACAUCCUCCGCAACUGGCUGUUUGAGCACGGGUUUAAGGCUUAUCCUUCAGGAGUAGAGAAGCAAAUGCUAUCAGAGCAGACCCAUUUGUCUUUCAUGCAGUUCUCCAACUGGUUCAUCAAUGCCCGCAGAUGCGUUCUUCCAGAAAUGCUGCAGCAGAAUGGAGACGACCCCAACCGGAUCACUAUCUACCAUCGAAAAAGCAAGGCUGCAGAUGUGGUACACGGGGAAAGCACCAAUCCAACUAUCAAGACCAAGUCAGGGCCCAGAGAGCCAGAAAACAUGCAAAGGUUGCCCCUGAGCCCCCUGCCAAUGGCCCAGGAGUCAGGGGGAAAGCUGCUGGAUCCAGAGUUAGCCCCAGGCCAGAAGCUCACCCCGAAAGCCCAGCCAGAGGAAAAGGUUGAGAUUUUUUCCAGUAGGCUCUUGUUUAUCUCUACUCCUGAAGCCGUGUCAACAGAGGAAUACAAGGAUUUUAGCGGCUUCCAGUUGCUGGUCGAUGCAGCUGUACAAAAGGCUGCAGAACUGGAACUAUGGAAGAAGCAUGAGCCCAAUCUAUGA